GGGCUCAGGGUUUCUUUAUAAUCGCGCUCGAUCGAUGAAGAGCGGUGGUCUCGUCGCUGUGCCGGACCGCGGCGGCGAUGGCGCGCCGAUUCUGGACGAGGCCGAGGGCGAGAGCUUCGCGAUGCUGCAGCCGUUCGUGGGAAUCGUGCUUGGCGACUCGGAUGCUCAAGAAUCCGGGACUCUCUACAUCACGACGAGGAGGCUCGUGUGGCUGAGUGAUCGCGACAUUAGCAAAGGCUAUGCUGUGGAUUUUCUUUCCUUGUCUAUGCACGCCAUCUCCAGGGACCUGGAAGCUUAUCCUUCGCCUUGCGUGUACUGCCAGAUCGAAAACGGUGACGACGAGUACUGCGAAGACGAUGAAGACGAAGAAGAGGAUGAAGUUGCCAAUGGCGACGCAAAUCUGUCCAAAAUACGAGAAAUGCGGCUUGUGCCACAGGAUCCAGCAGUGUUGGAUAACAUAUUCCAGGUCCUCUGCGAGUGUGCUGCCUUGAAUCCCGAUCCUCAAGGAGAACGAGAAGGCGAGGGCGAGUGGUUCUUCAAUGCUGAAGAAGUGAUGGCAAGCGAAAAUCUGGAGCGUGGAAUGGAAGGGUUAGAAGUCCAGGACUCAAGGUUUGAGGAUGCCGAAGAAGAUCCCGAGGAUGAGUAAACCAUCUCCAUUUUUAUUUUCUCUUUCUUUUUCCUUGCUAAGCUAACGCUUUCUAAUCGACCGAUUCUGUACAACACUUUCUAGCUCAAUGCUACACGUUUUGUAUCAAA